UGCAGAACCGUCCAAAUCGUACCUAUGUAACGACGAGCGAAGGAUCUACCCCACGGGAUAAUUCGUUGCAAAACAGCGACACAAUUAUGCAUCAUUAGCCAUGCAAUUUUUACAGUCCGGUUCAGCGUUCGAUUUAUCUUCAUCGCAUUGAUCCGCUGAGAAGUACACUUUCCUCCGCUCAGCCGGUUGACUGGUUUCCAGCUGCACAGCAUACAUCUGAAGUGCAUUUCAAUUACCAGUUCUUAGCCGUAGUCCUUUCGCCAAAGAGAGAUUUAUGUAAACGCACUACUGGUCCGACAUUGAUCAACUACAUGCAAUCUUCAAAGUUAUGUUCGUGAUGUUGAACUGACAAAAGAACGACGUUACCCGAAAAAAAUCGGCGGUUAUAGUUUACAAUGGCUCAUUUGCGGAAAAGAGUUCCAUCGACUGGGUCUGAAUUAUCUGCCAUUCUACGACGUAAUCCAGAGUUCAUAAGAAAGCUGUGUUUGUGCUUGGACAGUGAUAUGAAAUUUAUACGCAAUUGGAGACAUUUGGCAUCGAUACUGCACGUCGACUUGGAUGUCAUUAGACGACUUGGACAGUACGGUGACAUCAGUCCUACCAUCCGAUUAUUUGAUUAUCUUGCGACCUCGAAACCAGAUUUGACGAUUAAAGAUCUAAAGGACAUCCUACUAAAGAUCGGAAGAAACGACCUAAUCAGUUUACUGGUCACAAAAGCUGGUUGCGCUGACAAUGAAAAAGUUAUUGAUGUGAUCACUUCGCCAAGUAACGAAGUUCCUUCACCCAAAGUUGGUCUAUUGGACAAAAUUGCGUUGGACUUAGACGGGACGUCACUGGUUGUGUCAAACUGGUAUACCUUGGCGUUAAAUCUAGGUGUGCCAAGAAAAACCUGCUGGAAUUUUGAGAGACGAUCGACAGAAAAUCCGACCGCCAGAAUGUUCCAGUAUUUGGUUACCAAUUGCCCAAAAAAGACACUUUUAAGUCUAAGGGAAGCUCUGGAUUCUAUUAACAGAAAGGAUCUGAUAAAAUUUAUUCAUGAGGAGAAACUAAGAGACGACAUGUUUCUUAAAGAUAUCAUAACCCCUGGAUCGGAACUCUUAGAAAGGUUGGCGUUAGAACUUAAUCGAGAGGAUAAUCCUGUAGUAAAAAACUGGACACAUCUGGCCUGGAAAAUGGACUUACCAGCUGACGUGUGUCGAGCGCUUGCUGAUGUCAAACAAAUCAGGAAUAGUCCUACAAAAGAGGUCCUAGAAUGGGUGGCCGCGAAGUUCCCUGAAACAGCAUUAAGUGACAUUGCAAAGGCACUAGACGGGAUUCAGCGAAACGACGCUAUACAGAUAAUAUCUGAGCAUUUUCCAGACACAGUUGAUUUAGCCUUGCAAGGACUUGGUUGUUCAUUCAAGGACAGCUCAAGCAUGCCAGAUCCAAAUCAGAUGUUUUCAAUUAGCUUUGAGAGAGAAGCACAGGAUUCUUUUCCUAACAUAGAAGUGAAGGAACAAUCUGGUCAUUAUGGUAACUUGCCAGAUCGGAUUGAUUUGGUGGGCCGCAAUGAAACAUGCGAACGUAUCAUAACUGCCCUGUCUUCAAACAAGGCUGUUGAAAUUGUAGCACCGCCUGGAUAUGGAAAAACGUCGGUGGUAAUAGAGGUCGCUCAUAGGAUGAUCGAAAGGAAAACGUUUGUCGCGUAUGUUAAAGGUCGAGGUGUCACUUGUGUAGAAGAUUUAGCAAGCACAAUAAUCGAGACUCUUGGGUACGUUCCCGGUGAGAACACAAUAACUGAAGUACUGAGUUGCAUAUCUUCUUUAAGGAGAAAAAGUGUUGUGUUGAUCAUUGAAAACAUUGACAACUUGCUGCAUCUUGAGGAUAAAGUUAGCAAGGAUAAAUACCAUCAGGAAUUAAAAUCCGAAAGUUGCUGUACUGAAAUGUUGGGAAAAUUCACAAAGGACAACUUUUUGACAUUUCUUAAAGACCUUGGACAAAGCCCAAAUAUUCAACUUGUCCUCACAUCUCGAGAAACCUAUGAUUUAAAUGUGUCUUUUCCUCUUGAACUGAUUGACCUAGAAUCUCUGAAUGACAACGAUUCAGCUUCUAUGUUCUCAAGGUGUGAGGAUGGUCUGAACAACGAUCUGAUUAAGGAGCUGGUCAGAGUUUGUGGUGGUAUUCCCUUGAUAAUAUGCACAGUGAUCUCGAGUCUGAAGAGAGAAAAUCCACAGAGGGUGGCGCGUAGACUUGCCACAUCUUCACCAAGUUCUCUUGUAAGGGAAUUAAACCUUGACUUUUUACCGAAUGAGGAUCGUAUCGACAAGUGUCUUGAAAUCUGUUUCGAUCGUUUAAGUGAAGAAAAUCAAAAGAUUUUUGUGAUGUUCUCUACAUUUCCCCACAGAUUCACGCAAAAGCAAUUCCAAACAGUCUUUCGGUCAUUUGUCACAGCAGAUUUGCAAACUUGCCUGAAUUCCUUGAGGCACAGCAGCCUCCUUCGCUUCGACAGGGAAAGUUGUCAGUAUUCCCUCCAUCCUUUCAUACGAGAUUUCUUUUCACUGAAGUCUGAUCACAUAGACGCCAAAUCAACUUUCAUUCGUCAUUACAGUGACUUGGCUGUUACACUUUGCGAAACCUUCUUGAGUAAAGAUUGCAAGUCGGCAAUUGAUCAGUACAGAUCUGAAAAGGACAACAUUCGGGAAGCCAUGGCUUGGUGUGGAGACGAUCAUCCUGAGCUUGACCAAACUUUCAGGGAGCAAUGCAUUGAAGCCUUCAACAAGGCAGCUGUAUUUCUUUCAAAGGUGAUGCGCAAACAAGAAUUUCAGUCGCUCUUUUGCAAGCUUGCGUAUCGAUGUCGCUCCCACUUGCACCUCUACAGCGCUUGCUUGACGAACAUCGGAAUGAAGAUAGUAUUAAGCUGCACAUGUACCCCUCACAUUUGUCCAAGAGCCUUGUGUCAGGCCAGAGAAAUUUUGACUCAAGCAAAUGACAUUCAUUCCACACUUACGAACGUGAAGGAAACCACUCGUGCUCAGUGCAUGAGCAAGUUUGGAUUUUGUUAUGUUCGCGAGGGUCGCGUUGAUGAGGGCUAUGGAUACCUCGACAUCGCCUUGAAAUUGCGAUGGGACAGAGUAGAGAAACUAAAGAGGAACAAAGACCAUGUCAUGUUAGCUGCCUGUUUCAACGAUAUAGCAGCUUCUCAAAUGGUGCAGCGGAAUCACAUGAUGGCCAUACAAACAUGGCUGUUAAAUGUCCUUCCUGUUUAUGAAGAGAAACUCGGUGACCACCCUUUUACGGCAACCACUCUUAGUUGGAUUGGUAACAGUUACCACGCCUUGGGUGACUACGAAAACGCCAUUAAUUACAGCAGCAGAUCAAUUUCAAUCCGAAGGCAACUGCUGGGGCAACAUCAGGAGACUGCAAAGUCUCUGUAUGAUGUGGGUGUGGCUUACAGCGCGAAACAGGACUAUGAAACAGCCCUCGAAUACCUUAAAGAGGCAGUUGAUUACCAAGAAAAAGUAUUGGACACACAGGACGAGCUGAUUCACUCCCACCAAGCCAUGUCGAUAGCUCUUCGUGCUCUUGGAAGGGACGAAGAGGCAGAAGAAGAAAUGAAUCGCGCGGGGGAAUGCACGAGAAAGCUGGAUUCUUGGGAGGCCCCUUUAGAUAAACUGAGGACCCAAGAACGAGAGAGCGAAUGGAUAGAUAUUCUCCCUGCAAAGCCACGGAAUUCAGCAUUGUAAAAAACACCUUUCGCAUCAAACCGUUGAUCGAAUAUAGGUCUGACAACAGAUCAAUCAAUUGAACACAAACAAUCAAUGCUUUGAUAUUUAUUCAGUUUUCGCUCAGUGGUCUGGUUUGCUAGUCCUUACGGUCAGUAAAGCGUGAAGCUAAAAAUGUCUGUUAGUUUUUCUUGUUCUCCCUUUGUCUGACGGGCACUCCAAUGAAACUUCAAUCUCCGUAGAAGUCACUAUUUGCCACACAAAGGAAAACCCACGAGUAUUCCUGUACAAAAUGCCAUAGAAAAAGAAAAGAGAAAAAAUUGACUUGCGUGAACUCUUGAGAGAAACGUGAAUCGCAGGGAUUAAUUUUUCAAUCACCCAUUUUAUAGACACUGUGUAGGUAAGAAAUAAAUA